AUGUUUGACUUCCAAAGGAAACUAAUUUUAAUACUUGUAAUGAAUAAAUUACAAUUUAAUUUAAUUUAAAGAGGAUAUCGUUAUAAUAUUCCAGUUUGCAAUUGUUAAGAUUAAUUUUAUAAUGAUUAUCAAAUUGUAAAUUGUCUUUAAUGUGAUUAAUAAUGUAAAACUUGUAAUUCAAAUGGUUGUUCAACAUGUAAAGGAAAUAGAUUAUUAUCAUCAGAUGAAAAGACUUGUGAUUGCCUUUAGAUUCAGUAAGCCAUAUAGAUACUCAAUGGUGUUCAAGUAUAUUAUUAUGUCUUAUUUCUAUAGCUUGUGAAGUUGCUGUCUUAGAUAUUAAAUUUACUGAUGAUUUACUUUAAGUACUAUUUGAUUUGUCAUUUAAUCCAAGCCAUUUUGAAUCUUAUUGUGGAUAAACAUUAUUCAUUUGAAACAUAGUUUUCAGAGAAUAGUUGCUUUAAAUUUUUAGUUGAUGAAACUAUCAAUAAGUUAGGAAAUAAUCCAGAUUCUAUAUUAAAUUAAGAAGAUGAUUUAUAAAUGAUAUUGAAAUUAAGUGAUAAUGCUACAAUUAUUCCAAGAGAUUAAAUUAUAUUUAUAAAUUCUUCCAUAGGAUAUUAAGAUUGUUUAACAAAACUAAGUUAAUUUAUUUUUAAUUAAGUUAAACUUCCUUUCAAUUUAUUAUCAACAAUAUGA